AUGGACAAAUUAGUCGUCCCAAGAAGAGGGAGAGGAUUCGGCCAGCGUUUCCAACAGGAAGUAGUACAAUUGAUACUUUUGCUCCACCUACAAUCACGGCUAGGGGAGGGUGUUUGUGCCACUAUUUACGUUGGCUCCAGGUUGGUCGGCGCGACUAUCCUGUACUCUUCAAGAUGGCACUUGAUUUCCUAUGUAUACCCUCCACAAGCUGCGACUGCGAGAGAGCCUUUAGCGGGGGGAAAAGGAUAUUUACUUUCGCACGAUAGUCGGAUGUGUCGUCACACGAUGAUCAUGCGUCGGCACCAUAGUCGUAUGCAUCUCAGCACAACUCCUGCAAAGGACUCCUCUAGCAAUGAAUACAAUCCAGUUCCUCAUGUCUUUGCCCGGCAAUCGCUUGCUAGUCAAUCGAGCUGUUUUCAAACCUCUACCAGGGAGAGCUCCUUUGACAGCCUGCGUACAAUUGUGACCUCUUUGUCACACUCUACCACCUCAAAUCUCUACUUCACCGGUCGCAUCAAUCGCGACCUCUACAAUCUCCUGAGCACGCUACCAAAGCUCUCAGUCGAGCACAUCAGGGACAUUCGUCCACCUCAAGGACAUACUCGUCCACCUCAGGUCCACAUCAAGGACACAUCAAGGACAACCAAGUCCACAUCAAGGACAACUUCGUCCACCGCAAGGACAUACUCGUCCACCUCAGGUCCACAUCAAGGACACAUCAAGGACAACCAAGUCCACAUCAAGGACAACAUCGUCCAACUCAAGGACAACCAGGUCCACAUCAAGGACAACCCCGUCCACAUCAAGGACACCUCAAGGACAUAUUCGUCCACCGCAACGACAACAUCGUCCACAUCAAGGACAACCUC